AGGAUUUGAUUUUACCGGUUAUAGUUAUAGUUAUAGUGAUCUAAUUUCAGCAGUUCCGACAAAUGAGCAGCAUAGGAGAUUAUGCUUGGGGAGCAAAGUACGUGUGCAAAAUUUCUGAUCGAAAUCUUAAAAACUGAGGCACUAGUUUGUGUGUAUACAGGCAGAGAGGCGAAUACACGGACAUAGCUAUAUGGACUCACCUCGUCACGCUGAUCACUACAUAUAAAUUUUAUAGGGUCUCCGUCGUUUUCUUCUGGGUGUUACUCUGUUCCUGUUCAGAGUAUAAUUAAGGAAAUUUAUUAUAAAGCACUGUGAAAUAAAUAAAAAGAUCAAAGUUCUUUCAUUCUCUUCCCCCUCGUCUUGUUAAUAAAAACGCAUUUUUAGUACCUCCAACUACAUACACAUACACAUAUUUUCAUAUUUAACGGAAAUUUCAAUGAUAAAUGUUUAACUUCGUCAUCGAAUUCACCCAGCUUCUUAUCAGCAUAAAAGAUGUCUUUAUAUUAUGGAAUCACAAACUCAUAUCUUUUUCUUAACAAUCACUAUCAAUACGCGCAAAACAUUACCAAGAACAUGCAAUCAUCGAUAAAUUUUGAUUUCAAUGUGCGAAUAAUGCGAAUAAUUUUGAUACUAAACAACAGUUACGUUGAAUUCUCUCACAGAAGUGAAUGCUAGCCGCAUAGUUUGAAAAAAUGUUACCAAUACUGCUUUUAAUUAGCAAUCUGCUUACACACACCUCCGCUCAAAUACGCAUUGUUAACGGAAAAGAAGGACGCAUCGAAGAUUUUCCAUAUCAAGUUUCAUUGCGCCGUUAUUCAAUUCAUGUUUGUGGCGGUUCGAUCAUAGAUGCACAGUGGGUAGUUACGGCCGCUCAUUGCAUAGAAGCUUUUGAGAAGCAAUCGAGAGUAUACUCUUUACGCAUCGGUAGCACAAAUCGGGACAAAGGCGGGGAAGUUGUGUCGAUAUUGAAGAUAUAUAAACAUCCUUUGUACAAUAGUGAAACAAUGAGCUAUGAUGUGGCCCUGCUACGAACACAAAAAAAUCGUCUGCGUGGCAAAUUUGUACAUCCCAUCAAAUUACCUUCGCAAAAUACACCGAUUGUGGAUAACAAGGAAGCGGUCGUUAGUGGUUGGGGACAUAUGAGCUCAUCGGAACAUGUUUUGUCGGAGCUCUUAAAGUAUACCACCGUUAAAAUAGUAAAUCAACAGAAAUGUUCCGAAUUAAUGAAAACACAAGGGAUCGUCACCGAAGCAAUGUUCUGUGCUGCAGCUAGAAACACGGAUGCAUGUCAAGGGGAUAGCGGUGGUCCAAUACAAAGUGGUAAUAUAUUGAUCGGAGUAGUAAGUUGGGGAGUGGGUUGCGCAGAUCCCCACUACCCAGGCAUUUAUACACGUUUGUCUUAUUCUGCUGUACGCAUUUGGAUCAAACUGAUGACUUCAUUAUGAGUGUAUAAAAGUCAAAAUAAAACUAUUUAACAAUAAAGAUUAUUAGCAUAUUUCGGCAUGAAACUUACAUAAAUUGUAA